AUAAUAAAUAAUUUUAUAUUUGGCAUAAUCGUUUAUAUACGCAAUUAGUUAUAAAUUUUUAUGUUAGAUAUCUUGCGCUAUACAUGUAAUUUAUAGCGAUUGUAAACUGAUAUUGGGUGGAUUUUGAUAAAUCUCUGAAAUACGCCCAUUCGGAGAUGCAGACACCCGCAAUGCCGAUUUCACGGAUCAGUCUAUCACGACCUGUCUUUUCAGUAAAAGUUCUGCUGAAAUCCAACAAAGUAUAACAAAAUAAUAUUUGUUUUACCGAGUUUCAAAUCGCUGUUGAUAUGGUCUUUGCAUCAGUAUGGGUGUUGUUAUUAUUUUUCGGUUUGUGCACAGCAUGGAUGGACGAGAGACCCGUUCUGGAGGCUCAAGAUGGACAUCUCAUAAUCUCCAGCGCGAAAGACAGAAACAUCACUUUGAAGAUAAUGGGAGACGGUUAUGUGAACGUUAAUGAGAUCAAUCUACUUCAUGUAGCAUCGGCGGCGCAAAAUGCGACGCGGGUCAUUGACAGGUGGCGAAUGGGACACAUGAGCGAAAUGGAGAACUCUCUUUACCAACUAACGACUAUAGUGACAGGCGCUACAGGUUUACAGACAAGAGUCGCUCUGCUCGAGAGGAGUAUCGACGUGAACGGUACGAUUCGUGUAGGAAACAGAUCACGUUUUCCGAACUUGAAUCCAUUGUCGAGUAUAGCCAGAAGUACUAUCCGUCGUAUUAAUGUCCGACUGAAAGCAUUAGAGGAUGCAUUAAGAGCUAUGCAAACACUACUUCAACAAAAUGAGUGUCAAAGUAGCCCAUGUCAAAAUGGAGGUACUUGUGAAGAUCUCUAUGAUGCCUAUCAAUGUCACUGUCCAUCAAAUUGGGAGGGUCCAAACUGUAUGACAGACGUUAACGAAUGCGCAAGAUUUCUUGGAACAGAUCUUGGAUGUCAAAAUGGAGCAACUUGUCGUAAUUUACCUGGGUCAUAUCGAUGCGACUGCUUGCCUGGAUGGUUUGGCCUUCGUUGUACGCAGAAAACAUCGAUUUGCAAUAUAGAGAAUUCCGAAGCGCUUUGCGGCGAACAUGGAGUAUGUGUUGCGAAAAGCAGUUCUUCUCUUGGAUAUACAUGCAUCUGCGAUCAAGGAUGGGAAAGUGACGGUACAAGCCCAGCUUGCACCAAAGAUGUAGAUGAAUGUGCAGCACCUCAUCCACCCUGUUCCGUAAAUCCACCGGUACCAUGUCGCAAUACUCGCGGCUCAUUCACUUGCGGUCCCUGUCCGCCCGGCUAUAGUGGAAAUGGCUAUUAUUGCACCGACAUUGACGAGUGCCUUAUUAAUAAUGGCGGUUGCAGUACCUCGCCUUUUGUACAAUGCAUGAACACGAUGGGUUCUAGGAUAUGUGGUCCUUGUCCCCCAGGAUACCGUGGCGACGGUGUAAGUUGCAUUUUUGUUGGUGGUUGCGCCAUCAACAAUGGCGGAUGCCAUCCAUUAGCCACGUGUACCGAGAAUCCGUCGCUUACAAGUUCUUACGUGCUGUGCCGUUGCCCGUCGGGUUACGUCGGCAACGGAAUGGGACCAAACGGCUGCCAAUUAACUGAUGUAUCACUUAAUACAGCGUGUUCUAGCAAUCCUUGCGUUCAUGGUACAUGCGUGCCAAACGGUGCAAAUGGCUUCACUUGCACAUGCAAUCCGGGAUACUCGGGAACUACAUGCAACACACCAAACGACCCGUGUUCACCAAAUCCGUGCCGAAAUAGUGGUAUUUGCACUGUCUUAGACGGACAAGCAACGUGUCAAUGUACAUCUAGCUUUACAGGAAGCAGGUGUGAAACACCACGGCAAGCGUGCGGUGGUGUAUUACGGAAUCCUAUGGGAACGCUUCAGUUCCCCAUGGGCGGUAAUACUUACCAGCAUGGAUUGAGUUGCGCCUGGGUGUUAAUCACGGAAUCCUCUAAGGUUCUAAACGUCACCUUCACAGCUUUUAAUCUUGAACAGUCCACAGAUUGCAAGUUUGAUUUUCUACAGAUUCACGAUGGCAGAAAUGCUGGUAGUCAAAUGAUCAACAGAUUUUGCGGUCAUACGUUGCCUAACCAAAAUGGAACUAUUAUUUCAUCGCAUAAUACUCUCUAUUUAUGGUUUCAUUCGGACAACAGUAUAUCUCAUGAUGGAUUCACUUUGCAUUGGAGUAGCAUUGAUCCUAUUUGUGGAGGAGUUUUAGAAGAUAAUUAUGGCACAAUUAUAUCUCCAGGUUCGCCUGGAAGAUAUCCUCCAAACAGAGAUUGUUUCUGGAGAAUCACCGUCGCCGAAACGAAAAGAAUUCAAUUCCAUUUUGGACAAUUGAUGCUUGAGGACAAUUGCAAUAACGACUAUGUGGAAAUUACAGGUGCAGAAGAAGAACGCUUAGGACUUUUUUGCAAUCACACUCGACCACCGCCUUUGGUUACGCCUAGUUUUGAAGCAACUGUUCAUUUUCAUUCUGAUAGUUCGAAUCAAGAUGCUGGUUUCCAAAUCCAUUAUUCGAUAAUUGAAGGUAUACCAGGUUGUGGAGGAAUUUAUACUAGUGCUACCGGCAUGAUCAGUUCACCAGGUCAUUCGACGUCAUAUCAACCAAAUAUGGAAUGUGAAUGGAAGAUACAGUUACCAGCAAGCGAACGAGUCAGAAUAACAUGGUCAAGAUUUGAUCUUGAAAGUUCCACCAGUUGUCAGUUUGAUUUUAUCGAGAUUUAUGAUGGACCUGACACGCAUUCUCCUUUACUCGGUAGAUACUGCGGUUCGGAUAUGCCGCCAACGAUUAAGUCAAAUUCGAACAAUUUAGUCGUAUUUUUCAAAUCCGAUUGGUCUUAUGAAGGGGAAGGUUUCAUUUUGUCAUAUGAAACUUUAUGCGGCGGCGAAUUUCAUGAAAGUAGUGGAAUUAUCCAAUCGCCCUUCUAUCCAGAACCUUAUCAUCAUUCGAAAACGUGUAUUUAUGAAAUCAUACAACCAACGAAUAAAGGAAUCCAAUUAACUAUGUUAGAUAUGGACAUUGAAGGCAGAUAUCAGAACUGCUUCUACGAUUACGUUGAGAUUUUCGACGGCGAUAAUGAAAAUGCAACGAAACUCGCUACAUUAUGCGGCGAUGAAGAAAACAUGCCAAAUACUCCUUUCUUUUCCACACAUAAUGUCAUGUACAUAAAGUUUACCACUGAUAACAGCAUAGAUGGUCGUGGUUUCAAAGCCAAUUAUACAGCCAUUGAUCGCAGAUGUGGCGGAUUAUUAAAAGAAUCAAGCGGUAUAAUACAACCUCCCCUUGAAGAAGGAAAUUAUGCCAAUAAUGAGGAGUGUAUCUGGACUAUUCAAGCACCGCCAGGAUAUGUAAUACAUCUUACUUGGAUGUCAUUUGAUAUAGAAUAUCACCCUCAUUGUGAUAGUGAUUACAUCAAAAUUUUUGAAAGCUACAACCCUAGUCAGGAAAAUGUAAUAGCUACAUAUUGCGGUAGAACUAAACCACCCGAUUUAACGACACAGGAUCGUAUACUUAGCAUACUCUUCCAUACCGAUUUAAGUGUUACAACUGAUGGAUUUGUUGCUACAUAUGUUUUUAUGGAUGCAUCAAAGGUCUGCGGCGGUCAUUAUGUGAGACCAAACGGUGUUAUUAGAUCGCCAAAUUAUCCUGAUUAUUAUCCAAACAAGAAGGAAUGCGUUUGGAUUAUUGAAGCACGAAAUAAACAUAGAAUUAUCCUUACAGUCGAACACUUUGAGUUGGAAGGGCAUAUGAAUUGCGCAUUUGAUUAUUUAGAAAUUAGAAACGGUGGAUAUGAUUCCGCACCGUUAAUUGGCAAGUUCUGUGGCACAGAAAUACCCACUGAAAUACCAAGUCAAGCCAAUCAAAUGUAUAUUCGAUUCGUUUCGGAUUUCUCGAGAUCGAUGCAAGGUUUCGAGAUACAGUGGGAUAGCACCACGCAAGGAUGUGGUAGUAUGAUGACAGCAGUUACUGGCGAUAUUAUAUCUCCAAAUUAUCCGGAACCUUAUUCAAUGAACGCAGAAUGCUAUUGGAAGAUCGCAGUAGCAGCGGGUAGCAUAGUACAACUCGUAAUAAUAGAUCUCGAUCUUGAAGAGCACGACAAAUGCCGAUAUGAUUUUAUUGAAAUAUUUGAAGGCAUCAGUCGUCGCACAAACGGAAAACGUUAUUGUGAUGCUAAUCAUCCAAAAAUUAUUCAAUCCAAAACCAAUGAAAUGAGCAUUCGUUUUCGUAGCGAUUACAGUAGUUCUGGUCGCGGUUUUCAUCUAAAAUACGAGACGCAGUGUUAUAACAAAUUACGAGGUUACUACGGUGUGAUAGAAUCACCGAAUUUCCCCAAUAAAUACGAGCACUCAUCAAAUUGCAGUUGGACCAUUGAGGCUCCAAUCGGUAAUACGAUUAAUUUGACUUUCUCACACUUUGAUCUCGAAGGACGAAUGGAUAGUCCUGCGCAAUGCACAUUUGAUUAUGUUCAAAUCAUGGAAGGAGAUGAAGAUACUCCAAACACAGAAUUAGGUCGAUUUUGUGGGACUAUCGAUCUACCAAUGAAAAUUAAUUCAACGCAACAUCAAGUGUUUGUAACAUUUGUUACGGAUUCCUUUAUUGCCUUCAAUGGUUUCCGGUUCGAAUGGUCAGUGCAUGGUUGCGGCGGACAUUUGAUUAAACCAUAUGAUAGUUUCACAUCGCCUGGAUAUCCGUUUGCUUAUCCAACGAAUCUCGACUGCGAAUGGCUUAUCGAAGUGGAUUACACACAUAGCGUUGAACUUACCCUUCAUAAUGUAAAUACUGAGAAACGCAAAGGCUGUUUCUUCGAUAAAAUACAAGUUUACGGAGGUGAUAAUGAGGAUGCGCCAAAAUUAAUCGAGAUAUGUUAUUCAGAAAAGCCAGUGAUUUACACUAGUCCCGGAAAUAAAAUGUUCAUCAAGUUUCACUCGGAUUCGUCAUACGCUGGUCCAGGAUUUAAUGCUAGCUAUAGGAGCGUUCCUAUUGAAUGCGGUGGUAAAUUUACAGCAACUUCGGGCAUUAUUCAUUCUGCCAAUUAUCCACAGAAUUAUCCGCACAGCCAAAAUUGCGAGUGGCUGAUAGAAGUAGACAAUAAUCAUCUCGUAAAUCUUACGUUCUUGGACUUUGAUAUUGAAAAUAGUAGAAAUUGCAGUGACGAUUACGUUAAGAUUUUUGAUGGCCCAACGAAGGAUGAUCCAUUAUUGGGAACGCAUUGCCGUAAUCAGCUUCCACCGACCUAUGUUUCGAGUAGUAAUCAAAUGCUUGUAGUUAUGCGAACUGACAGUUUAAUUUCAGCUAAAGGUUUCAAAGCUCAAUAUAUUAGAGCCUGCGGUGCUCGAAUAAUCGUGAGCGAUCACGGUUUCCUUACACCCCCAGCUGGCAGUACCGAUCAACAUGAUAAUACUAAUUGCACGUGGACAUUGAUAGCUGAAGAUCCAGCCGAUCACAUAACUGUUACCUUCACGCAUAUGGAAAUGGAUCCAGUUGGUUUUUCGAGUCAUAUUAAUGGACCGAAUCCUUCCUUAAUACCUCUUUGUUUUUACUCUCUCGAAAUAUUCGAAGGUGAGAGUAUAGAUGGACCGCUUUUAGCAAAAUUGUGCAACAACGUCGCGCCACCGCCAAUUACAAGCACUGGCAGUUCCCUCACGCUGCAUCUAGUCUUACGUUAUGAAUUUUUCGGUGACUUUGUCGCUAUGUACUCCGUCCUGAAUACAGCUUGCGGCGGAAACUACACUUCCCAACAAGGAGUAAUCACCUCGCCUGGUUAUCCGAAUAGUUAUCCCCUAAACGCAGAAUGUGUUUGGGUUUUGAAUACCUCUCCCGGUAAUAGGAUUUCUCUUGUGUUCUCCGAAUUUGAUGUUGAGUCGAGCGAAAACUGCGAUCUGGACUACCUCGAAAUACGGGAGGACAGCGGAAUCGGGAAGCUCAUUAGCAUUUCUUGCGGCAAAGAUGCCACGGAAAUUGCGUCCUCCAACAAACUAUGGAUCAAGUUUAAGAGUGACGGUUCAGGCACUGCCAAGGGUUUUAUGGCUGAAUAUAAUCUUAUUGGAGGAAACGAACUCGAAGGACCUACAGGACGCAUUACCUCGCCAUUGUAUCCAAUACAUUAUAAACGAGAAGCUACAUUCUCAUGGCGCAUCACUGUCGAAAUGGAUUCUGUUAUACACAUCGAUUUCAGAGAUAUAGGGAUAGAAAAUAUUGGUCAAAAUUGUUACUCUAAUAUAAAAAUAUAUGAUGGAUAUGAUGACGAAGCACCAAGUUUACUAGUGGCAUGUGGUUAUACUUUGCCAGGUCCAGUAGAUUCAUCUAGCAACAUAGUUUAUAUUGAAAUGAAGACGAAUUUUGUUAGACAAGGAAGUUGGUUUGAUCUUACAUGGCUUCAAAUACCAAGAAACACUUCUCAAGAAAAUAACAAAGAAAUUAAAUUAUCAGAAUGUAAUAAAGAAAUAGAAUUAAUGAGUGAUCGCAACAACACAUAUUCCUUCAGUUCUCCCGGCUGGCCUACCGGCUAUGCUGACAAUUUGCAUUGUAAUUGGGUCUUUACAUCGCCACCUGGAACGCAUUUGGUAUUGAGGAUAAUAACCAUGGAUUUAGAAGAAACUAGUGAUUGCGGAGCGGAUUCGGUUUCUGUUUAUUCGGGAUACGCAUUAACGUCGACAAGCAAUGCUCAUUUGGAGAGUAAAUUAUGCUUGGCGAAUUCGAGUUCGUCUUCAAUUAGCGGAACCAAUGUGAUGACAGUAAAAUUCGAAACGGAUGCAUUUGUGAAUAAAACCGGCUUCAACGCAUAUGUAUAUCGAGAUUGCGGAGGUAAAUUAACUGAACCCAAUGGCGUAAUUGAAUAUGACAAUUCUUCUACAGCGAGAGCGAUCCGCACGUGGCAUUUCACAUGCAAGUGGACUGUGACAGUGAGAACUGGUAGAACUAUCAAAGUUCGCAUUACUGAUAUGUCGAUACAGGAAAUGCCCGAUCAUUCUUGUGGUGAUAAUUAUUUGCUGUUAAAAAAUGGAGAUGGAAUGCUUUCGCCUUUGUUAGGUAAUGGAAAAUAUUGUGGCGAAGUAAUACCACCAGAACUAGAAACUACUGGAAAUCGUUUUUAUAUUAAAGCUACAGGCGCUGGUCAUCAUUUCCGCUUUAGGCUCACUUACAGAGAAGUAAGCAUGAAUUGUGGUGGUGAGUUUAUUUUGACAAAUAAACAAAAGAAAUGGGAAAUAUCAUCACCCAACUAUCCAAAUAUUCCUCCACUUUAUGCCGAAUGCGUAUGGAAAGCUACUGCUCCAGCUGGUGACAGGCUUACUAUUCAUUUCUUGGAAAGAUUUGAUUUAAGCUAUUCGGAGAAUUGUGAGAGAGAAUAUGUUGAAAUAAGGGAUGGUGGAACAGACGGUUCGCGAUUCCUGGGAAAAUUUUGUAAAGAUAUAGCACCCAGCAGUAUGAGUACUACUGGCAAUAUGAUAUAUGUCCACUUCUACACGGAUGUGGCAGAACCUAAGAAUGGUUUUAAAGCUGUAAUUACUGUAGGAGAGAUUUGUGGCGGAAUUUUACGGAGUCCCACAGGUGUCAUUCAAUCUCCGAAUUAUCCGCAUCCAUAUCCUACAAACCAGAAUUGUUCAUGGCUGAUUAUUGCGCCGACAGAUCAUACCCUAAAAUUACAAUUCCGCGAUCUCGAACUUCCUGGCUUUCAUGGGUGUUAUUCAACCGACUACGUUAAAAUUGCAGAAAAACUUAUAGAAAAUGAUACUAUUUCAACAAUUGGAACUUAUUGUGGUCUUCAAAUACCGGAUGAAAUUGAAACAUCGACAAAUGCAGUAUAUGUAACAUUCGAAAGCGAUAACAGAGAGUAUGUGAGUUACAAAGGCUUCAGUCUAAAUUUCAUCGCUAGCCAAGAAACAUGCGGCGGUUCAUUAACUGCACUGAAUGGAAUAAUUAAAUCACCCGGAUAUCCUAAUCCACGUACACGACCUAGAUAUUGCGAUUGGCGAAUUAAAGUACCAAUAGGUUAUCAAAUCGUGGUGAAUAUUUUGGAUAUAGAUGUUGUUACCGAAUCUGGAGCUAUGCGUGUGGGAUAUGCAUUAUCGUUCUAUAAUGAUUUUCACUAUAAAUCGAAAAUCAAAGUCUUAGGACAAGGCGCUAAUACAGAGACGAUAAGGAGUUCUAGCGAUACCAUGCUUAUUGGCUAUUGGUCCUCCACCGGACAUCGAGGUUUCAAACUUCGAUAUACUGCUGAGGCUCCGGCUCCCUGUAGCGGACUUGUGAGACAAGUAGAAGGCAAUUUAACAGGUCCUACAAAUCUGCCUUUUAAUGAAACUUCAUUUGUUUGCCACUGGAGAUUACAACCUCCCGAAUAUAUGAUUUCUCUUAUUAAUAGCAGCGGCUUGACAUUGUCAGUAAGAGUCAUCGGCUUUUUAGGCGGACCUGAAUAUGCAAUCAUUAGAAUAAAUUGCAUUUAUCCACAAUACAUUGAAAUUCACGAUAUUGGAAUGUUAUGCGGAAAUAUGACCAAACCAAGAUAUUUGAGAAGCCCAAAAUUAAUUAAUGAUUUAACGAUAAUGAAUGGAACGUAUGGAAUGAAUGGAAAACGUAUAAAUUUCGAUUUACAAUACCGAUGGCAAUCUUGUGGUGGUGUUUUAUCAGGACCAAGUCAUCAUAUUACGUCACCAAAUGAUACGCCUCAUACAAUAACACCUCCAAUAAAUUGCGUUUGGCAUAUAGAUUAUCCCGAAGGAGAAACGAUUAAACUGUCUUUCACUAAACUUGAACUUGAAAGUAACUGUGAUAGAAAUUAUCUUAUUAUCAAAAAUGGUGGAGCAACAGCACCUCAAAUCGCAAAACACUGCUUACAUGCUACAAGUCAGCUUCAAAGAUAUAAUGUCAACAGUAUAUCGAAUCAACUGUGGAUAGAAUAUUAUUCUGAAUCCGGUUUAGGCAGAUUUGAAAUUGAUGUCACGGUUGCUAGCGUAGGUUGUGGUGGAUUUUUACGCGGUCACAGCCGCGAAAUUGCAUCUCCGGAAUUCCCCAAACAAUAUCCAAACAAUGGCGAGUGUACGUGGGAGAUAAUAGGUGACAACGGUUAUCAUAUAGGUUUAACUUUCAUCGAUCGAUUCAGCCUGGAAACUAGUCCCAAUUGCGAGAAAGAUUAUGUCCAGGUAUUUGAUUGGAUCCAAGAAAAAGGAAAUUAUAACAAUGGCGAAUGGAAAAGUAUUGGAAAAGUUUGCGGCAGGAAUACACCUUCGCCCUUUAACUCGACGACAAAUCGCAUGAAAGUGAUCUUUCAUUCGAAUGAAGCAAUACAAUCGGAUGGUUUCCAUGCUGUCUGGAGCGAGAAUUGCGGAGGUAUUUUUCAGGCAACCGAUAACGUUAACAUGAUCCAAUCACCGUCAUUUCCGAAUUAUUAUCCAGCCAACGUUUUCUGCAAUUACACUAUUGUUGCACCAGACGAAGACAUUAUCGUCGAGUUCACCGAUUUCCAACUCGAGUGGGUAAGCACUACAAACUGUCGGUAUGAUAACGUCACUGUUAUAUCUGAAACUAUGUAUAUGACGGAAAAAGUGGAAACUUAUUGUGGCACCAAUAAACCGCCGCUUAUAAGAUCGAUGUCACAGAUACAGAUUAUCUUCAUGACAGACAAAUAUGUGCAGCGAAAUGGUUUUCAGUUUAAAUAUUUUAUUAACAAAUGCGGUGGUAUUGUCACACAUCCUACCGAACUUAAGCCUUUGAUGCAUGGAGAAGAAUACUUUGGACGAAUGAAUUGCACUUGGAUCAUUAAAGCGCCACAAGGAAAGAGUGUACUUUUACGCUUCGAAAAGUUCAUUCUGGAGUUUAGCACAAAUUGCUACUUCGAUAAUGUCGCCGUUUUCGAGGGUGAUUUAGUUAAUCAAAGUAAACGGAUUGCUUUGGUUUGCGGAAACUUGACUAAUAAUUUACCAACAUUUAAAUCCGACUCUAAUUCUAUGGUUGUUAACUUUAAUGCUGAUAGUUCGAGACAGUUUGAAGGUUUUACAGCCAAGGUGUUGUUUACGACAAGUCCAGCCGGUGGUUGCGGAGGACUCGUCAAUCUAACUUCGAUUCAAUCUAAAUCAUUCAGAACUCAACAGGCUGCAACUUAUCAGUCAUUUGAAGAAUGUCAUUGGACUGUGGUGACAUCGCCGACUAAAACUAUAAGAUUUACUAUAAAUAGCAUGGAUAUCAAAAACUCGACUAAUAAUGUCACUCGAGGCAAUGAAUGUAGCGGUGAUUAUCUUGAGGUUCGAGAUGGAGGUGGAGUAUAUAAUAAACUUUUGGGUCAAUUUUGCGGAAAUGUACCGCCUCUUCCUAUAGUAUCUACUUCAAACAAAUUGUGGAUUAGAUUUUAUACUGAUGGCACUACUGAAGGUGCCGGUGCGACAGCUACAUUGGAUACUGUUGAUUCAUUGUGUGGCUUGCACACUCGAAUAGUAAACGAGACAAUUCAGAUACUUACUUCGCCAGGUUAUCCAAAUACACAUCUAGCUGGUACACAAUGCCACUGGGUUUUGCAUUUUGCCGAUCAAUAUAGUGAUAGAUUACGAAUCCGAUUUAUAGAUUUUGAUCUGAUGGACUCUGACAAGUGUGAAACCGAUUAUUUUGAAAUUACUGAGCAAAAGAAAUACAUAAAUGAAGGCUUCGGAACAAAUUUCAUAUACAGCGGUGAAAGAAAUCAUCCGAUUACUGUCGAAAUAGGUAGCCGUUUUCCUUUCGCUUCGUAUAAAUAUUGCGGGAACGAAUUACCACACGAGUAUUAUAGUUACAGUGACAACGUUGAACUAACUUUUAAAUCAACCUCUAACGAUCAUAAAGGCUUUAAGCUGGAAUAUAGUACAACAAAUUGCAAUCGAAAUUACACGAGCGAGCAGGGACGAAUUUUCCAUAACGGAUUUACAAGUUGCUGGAUCACGAUCACUGCUCCAGCAAAUCAUACUAUUUCUUUGUACUUCAAUCAUUUCAGCAUUUACGACCCAGAGCAUUGCACGCGCAACGCGCUACAAAUUCACGAGGGUGAUUCGAGCGGACCACUUAUAACGACGCUGUGCAGUACAGCGAUACCAAGCCCGAUUUUCAGUACCGGCAACAAACUCACUCUGCAUUCCUGGACCGAGAGCGCCAGCUCUUAUCAAAGUUAUGACAUCAUUUACACGACCACGGACGCAGGUCGAGGUUGUGGCGGUCGUAUAUUCAAUUACGGUGGCAGAUUCACCUCACCGUUGUAUCCCAACAUAUAUCGCAACAAUACCGUGUGCACUUGGGACGUAAGCGUACCUCGGGGUUUCAAGAUCAUUCUCCAGUUCCCCGUCUUUGACAUCGGCACAAAGAAGAACUGCGCUAACAAUAAUCUCAAGGUUUACGACGUUGUCCCCAGCGGAGAACUUUUACACAGCACUUACUGCGGUGGAGAUGAUCCAGCAAGACUGGAAGUUGAUACUGAUCGAAUUCUCAUUAAAUAUACUUCCACAGUAAAUAAUAUUGGAUCGGGAUGGGUUAUUAUAUUUAUGGCACAAUCAACUCAUAAUCCUAUCGAUGUUAUGGAUAAUUGGUAAAGGAGACAUCAAGACUGUGAAAAAUAAUAUUUUUAAAUAAAAAAUUCAAUAAAUAUUCAAAAAUUUAUGUACAAUUUACA